UUUCUUAACAUUAAUUAAACUUCAAUGACCAAUAGUGUGAAAGACUUACAUCACGGCUUCAGAAUAUAUGCAUUUUCCUGCUGCUGUGGACUUCAUAAAUAAUCAUCUAAAAUUUGAUUAGACUUUCUCCAAAUUUGUUUUGAAAUCCAUCAUAUCAGAUUGAGUCUUUAAAAUGGACAACCACACUGCAGAUAGACUUCUUGUUUUCAUGUCUGUUAGUUUUAGCUACCAUUCCAAAGGUUCAACUGUGUCAACCUUUCUAUUUAUAAGCUGGCACAGGUUGCACCAGUGGACAAAAACAAAUAGUACGACUGCUUCGUUUAGUUGUUUUGGUGUCAAUUUCACUGACCAAGUUAAUUUACUGCCUUUUGAAGUAAUUCAAUACUAAAUCCACUCCUUACUCGAUCCCAUUUUUCACCAUUUGCAUCAUUUACUCCCCAAGGCUUCUUUUGCACGCACUUAAUAUUUAACAACAUGUUGACACCUGGAUUUGUGUGUCAGCAUCAUUCAGCUCUGUGGUCCAGUUAAUCUUCUGGUUCUACUAGUCAGAUAUCAUUGAACUCUACGGCCGGGCAUGGUGAAGCCAUGUCGCCUGCUCAGACCAGUAACACAGAUCCCAGAGAGGUCCCUUCACCAGGAGGGUUUACCUAAGCUGCCUGUGCCACCUUUGAAGCAGACAUUUGAGCGCUACCUGGCCACGCUGGAGCCUAUCGUCAGCGAAGAGGAGCUGGAACACACCCGGCAGCUGGUGGAGGAGUUCCUCAAGGGAGGUGUGGGGGAAAGGCUGCAGAAAAGUCUGGAUCGACGGGCCCGAAAGACAGAAAACUGGCUAUCAGAAUGGUGGAUGCAAACAGCCUAUCUAGACUGCCGAAUGCCGGUGGCAGUCUACACCAGCCCCGGGGUUGUCCUGCCCCGCAUGCACUUCCAAGAUCGCCAAGGACAAAUGAGGUUUGCUGCCAAACUAAUUGCAGGAGUUUUGGAGUUUAAAAAAAUGAUUGACACUCAGACCGUGCCCGUAGAGUAUUUGAGUAAGAAGCCGCUGUGUAUGGACCAGUAUUACCAGAUCCUGUCCUCCUGUCGUAUCCCUGGACCAAAGAGAGAUACUGUUGUUAAUCACUCCAUAGGAAAAACACCACCCAACCACAUCACUGUGGUUCACAACUUCCAGUUCUUUGUCUUGGAUGUGUAUAACAGCGAUGGCAGCCCGCUGACAGUGGAUCAGAUUUACAUGCAGCUGGAGAAGAUCUGGAACUCUUCAUUGCAGACCAACAAGGAACCUAUUGGCAUCCUAACAUCACAGCACCGUAACACGUGGGGAAAAGCCUAUAACAAUUUGAUCAAGGAUAAGACGAAUAAGGAGUCUGUCCGUGCCAUCCAGAAAAGCAUCUUCACUGUGUGUUUGGAUGCUCCAAUGCCAAGAGUGUCAGAUAAUCUGUACCAGAGCCGUGUGGCUGCUCAGAUGCUGCAUGGAGGAGGGGCUCGAUGGAACAGCGGCAACCGCUGGUUUGACAAGACAAUACAAUUCAUUGUCGGUGAAGACGGUACUUGUGGACUGGUGUAUGAACAUGCACCUGCUGAGGGACCACCCAUUGUGUUUCUCAUCGAUUAUGUUGUUAAAUGCAUGCAAAGGAUUGAAAUAGUCCGCUCCCCCAUGAUUCCCCUGGCCAUGCCUCAGAAACUUCGUUUUAACAUUACACCUGAGGUCAAAAGAGACAUUGAGAAAGCCAAACAAAAUAUGAACAUCAUGGUACAUGACUUGGACGUGCAUGUGCUGAUGUUUUCUCAUUUUGGAAAAAAUGUGCCAAAGCAACACAAGCUGAGUCCAGAUGCCUUUGUGCAAAUGGCUUUUCAACUCGCCUACUUCAAGAUGUAUAAUGUUUGCUGCCCUACCUCUGAGAGUGCAUCAUUACGAAUGUUCAAAUAUGGGCGUACAGAUGCAAUCCGUGCAACCACUGCAGACUCUUUAAAUUUCGUCCAGGCAAUGCAAGACCCAGCUAAAAAGAACACAGAGAGGCUGGAACUACUGCAGAAAGCUGUUGAGACACAUAAGGAAAACACGUACAAUGCCAUUCAUGGACAAGCCAUAGACAGACACCUUCUCGGGCUGAGGAUGCAGGGUAUUGAAGACCUGACCUCUUUGCCUGAGAUAUUCAUGGACACCUCUUUUGCUGUGGCUCACCAUUAUAAUCUCUUAACCAGCCAGGUUGGCUCAAAGACAGACUGUGUGAUGUGCUUUGGUCCAAUGGUGCCAGAUGGCUAUGGGGUGUGUUACAAUCCCAUGGAUGAGCACAUCAACAUCGCCAUCACGGCCUUUAACAGCUGUGAGGAGACUCAUGCAGCCAAGUUUGCCCAAGCUGUAGAGGAUGCUCUGUUGGACAUGAGAGCUCUCCUGGAAGACACAGCUACAGCCAAGCAGUGAUCCCACACAGCAGCUUGGUAUGGUGUUUGUGUCCCUCUGGCCUGUAUGGGAGCUGGAACCCGACUAGUGCCGGCGUUGUGGCAGAGUGCCAUGUUGGCAUAGUUGCACAUGUACUGACUGUGUUAGAGAUGAGGAAAAACCUGUUAUGGAAAGGUUCUAAGGAAUGAAAUGUUUGACUGUGAAUGCACUGCCUUUGAGAUGAAAAACAAUUCUCUUAUGGAAUUUCUAUAUUUUAAUAUAUUGUGCUA